CUAGCUCCCAUCCUCGAUCGCCGGAUCAACUUGCACGCCAUCCCUCGUCUUCAAAUACUCGCCGGCCGGGACGAGGGGAAUCAAGCUAGCUGCCUCCACCGUCUCUCCUCUGCUGCCUGCAGGAAGAAAGCACGUCUUCGGAGAUGCUGCUGUGCACUUGCGCGAGCCGUCUGCGCUGCGCGCUGUGCGAUGCGGGGGCGGACGUGCACUGCCAGGCCGACGCGGCGUUCCUCUGCGCGCCGUGCGACGCCAAGGUGCACGGCGCCAACUUCCUCGCGUCCCGCCACCGCCGCACGCGUGUCCAGCCGCCCAACCACGUCCGCGUGCUCUGCAGGGCGGCGCUCCAGCUUUGGGCCAGGCAGAUGGGCCUGGACGCUCGGGCUGCGCGCCUGUGUGCCGCAGCAGCCGGCCGCACGCUCCUGCUCGAGUUCACGGCCGCGCCGCCGCAAAUGCUGCUGCGCGUCGCUAUGGCUGCCGCGCUGUGGAGCGAGGUGGCGGCUCACGGCGGAGUCCACAAGCCCCGCCACGCGCUCAAGCGCCUCGAAGCCUGCGCACGCGUGCCGGCGAGUUCUCUUGUGGUGGUGGCAACCGCGAUCGGGCGCGCCCGCCUAGUAAGGACGGCCGGAGUGGACGCCAAGGAGGAUUCCGUCGAGUGCUUGAUCGUGAGCCCACGCAAGACACCACAAGAGCUUUGCUUAUUCGUUUAGUAUAUAUAUGGGGCGUGCUCCGAGGUUGAAGAAUGGCGACCGACGCUGUCACAUGAUUGCAUCACGUCACGCUGGAGUACUCUUCGGCCAAGCUGGGCAUCCCCGUGCCAGGCGACGAGCUUCUGGCCGCCAUGAUUGUGCGACGUUGAGGGGUGCAUGGAGCCGUGGACAUUGGAGGAGGAGUUCGUGGAGCUCUUCGAUUCAGUAGUUGAUUUUAUAUAUGUUUGUGUGUCGUGUACUUUCAGUCCCUGUUGUCGAUUGUUUUAUAUUCUUUUUGAGAUAGCUAACAUCAAAAUUCCGUUUGAAAGAGGGAACAGAUGCUU